AUGGCAAACACCAGUGCCAACGGUUCACGGCUUGAACUUGUGGCCAUCAUGCACCGGGAGUGCGUGCACAACCACGCGGCAGCCCUCGGAGAAUACAUUCUCGACGGGUGUGCCCUUUUCCAGCCUGGCGGCCCGAACGGGAGCCCAAGCUUCAAAAAGUGUGCCACCUGUGGCUGCCACCUCAACUUCCACAAGAGGGUGGAGGUCAACUUACCCCACCCAAACAGGGUGGAAAUCACAGAUCUGCACCUUCGGGCCCGGGCCCCACAGCAAAACCCGGCCCGCCGGGCCCCAGAGCCCGAAAUCCUCGAUCUGCCCUCUCAUGAACCUCAGAUCCGGGAGGAGGGGCCCGCGGGCCACAGGAGAUUUCUGACAAGCGAGCAGAAAGCGAGGCUGAGGGAGAUUAUAGAAAGCAAGAAUUGGAAGAUGUUCCGGGAUUAUUCACCGGAGGAAAUCGAUGAGGUGUGCGCAGAGGUCGGUAUACCAAGGCAGUGCCUCAAGAAUUGGGUCUCGUUCGCUAGGCGUAAACGACGCCAGGCUGGCGAACGCUAG